AUGUCUCAGAAUAAUCAAGCUGAUCAACUCAUUCUCAACGCUUUAAAGAGAAAGUCGCCUUUUCGUGGUCGACCUCCGAAAGUGUAUGCUCCUAGUGCACAAUCACCAUCAACAUCCGGUCCUUCUCACCCUAUUGAGCCUUCUUCUAUCAACAGGACAGCUUCGGAGAUCCAGUCAGUUUCGGUUUCGGUGCCCUUAAAUCAUUCACAGCAGUUUCCCAAAUCGUCUCCUGGUCACAAGAUACCCCUGUCCACGGCUGAUUCCAUUGCAUCAGGAGAUACUCCUGCAUCGUCCAACGGUAUUGGUAUUGUGACACCAGAUUCGGUACCCUGGACAGAGCUGGUCAUGGCCUCCCCCUCCGCUUCAUUGUCUUCGGCCGUGCAAGCUUCAGCACCCAACUUAUCCGCUGCCGUUCCGAAAUGGUCUCCCUCUCAACCUCCGAAUCCCAUUUCGGUAGAAGAUGAGAUCAUCACUGCUAGGCAAGAGGCGGCCGGGCGCUUCCGAAUUGUCAAUAUCUCUUCCGAAUCAUACUCCGUACCACGUCCUGAGGCUCCACUCUUGGCACUCAAAGCUCCUCGCACCGACGCUAGUCUUGGGGUCAACAUACGUGCUUUGGAAACCUUCUGUCGUUUACCGAAUCCUGACCUGGUGGAUGAUGAUCGCUAUGAACAAUUCGAGGUGGCUUUUCAUCAUAUCCCGAAAGCGUUUGACUCUUUGCGUCAGGACUACCUCAUUGAGACCCAGCAUAUAUCCAAAUGUGUUCAAGUGGAAUGGUUGGAUCCCCCUGGUUUAUUACCCGCCGACAUCAGGGGAAGACAUGGCCUCUUCUUUGUCUCCGACAGUGCUGUCGCCGCAUACCCGAAUCGGACAAUCCAGCCAACUUUGAACAGUGUCCACCACCAUGUUGAGCCGAAAGCAAAGGAUGAAACACAAACAACAGCCGAAGCUCACCCUCCAACUGCUGCCAGUGCACGAUAUUCCUCAAGAGCACGUUUAAACAAUAUCCGAAAAGGGGUCUGUUGUCUGAUCCGCCCGAAAGCUGCAUAUCACGGUCAACCGAACCCGUUGACAUUACUUCGGAUUUCGCCACAUCUCCGAAACCUACUCCAUGAUGCUGCAACUCUGGUGGGAACGACUGAGUCACGUCUUCGGCUUCGGUGGUACAAUUCCUUCUGCAAGAUUCACCCCUAUGUCCUAUGGGUCAAGGCAAAUUAUCCCGAGCGUCUUCCUACCACCACUGACUUCCAAACUGCCAUCCGAACGGCUCUGCGGCAGGAAAGGCUGGAUCGGCUACCACUGGCGGCGAUAAGUAUCUUACAUGAGGCCAAUCCAAGCUCUUUCCUGCAUUGUGAAUAUCCUGAAGGCCUGGCACUCGGUGGCACUCAGCCAUUCCCAGCGGACUCUUCGUUCAUUGCAAUCAUCAGUCCGAAACAUGCAUUGCAAUCAGCAAUUCGGCAUGCCACAGAUCGGGGCCUCUUUCUUGAUUCGUCUUGGAGAAAUAAGAAUGCAAUACGCUGUCCCGUCACCUUGCUAGCCACAGUAAAUGAAUAUGGUCAUAUGGUCCCUGUAGCUGUCAUGGUCUCGAAUCACGCCAACACCGAUUCCUAUACCGAAUUCUUGAGCGUUAUCCGAAAGGCUAUCAAGAAAGAAGCGAAAGCAUUACUCAAGGGCAAAUCAUCAGUGGUCUCCGAAUAUGAGAAUGAAGAGCAAAUCCUCAUCAACGCCGAAUACAUUCACGAGGAGGAUUUCCUUCCACUACAUUUCAUGAUUGAUUGUGAUGACGCCGAACGAAAGGCCAUUGAGGAGGUCUUCCCGGGAACUCCAAUUCGGUUAUGCCAAUUCCAUUUCAUGCACGCCGCCCGAUCUCGAGCACUUCGGCUAUUUGGGAGUGAUCUGGUGGGUACCGAAAAGGCCUUUGCCUUCCUUGUGGCACUUCGGAGGUGCCAACGAUGUUCCGAAGAGGAGUCUUGGUCAGAAGCUUUUGCUCGACUAGAAGCCGAUGUUGCGGCAAUCAGCAAUAACGAUCCCGAAAUUUGGGACAAAAUCAGAACCUGGCUCCUGUCUGAAUGGUUCAGCGACAGAUGGAGGGGAUACCUUGUCGACUAUGGUCUGCCACCUCAUCACACCCGAGAUGGUACUCUCUCAACAAACAACUUUGUCGAAGCGGCAUUUCGGACCUUUGACAGAGUAUUCCUUGAAUCUCGAGCCAACAAACGUAUAGACAAACUCCUCACAAUCAUCAUCGACGUUUACUUUCCCAUGUAUCUCCAUUCACCACCAACAUCUGCCCGCUGUGACCCCACAGUUCUGUCACACAUACUUCAAGGACUGGAGCUUUGGGAGCAAGGGGCGGUUAGGGAAUGUUUCGGAGACGAGAUGCCUAUGUCAUUGAGAGGUCAACUAGAUCAUACAUAUUGUGUGACAUCCUCCGAAUCGAGCAAAACAACACCGGACUUACAUUACUGUGGGAUCAAAGACAAAACUCGUGAACGAUGCUCCUGCAGAUACUUUACCGAAACAGGCAAAAGGUGCUCGGGUCUCUGGGCAUUGUACUGCUUUCACACUUGUGGCUCCUCCGAAACGUAUUCUAAUGGUGUCACGGCAAACGAACUGCGACUGCAGACUCGAGCUAUACAACUACAAAGACGGUUGGGAGAGAUAUCUUAUCCAUUGGAUCAAGAAGACCUUGUUGCCUAUUGGGGACAUGACCCUUCGGAGCCUGUGUGGCAUGAUUGGUCCUCCGAGCAGCCUCCGAAACAGGCAAGCUCAUCAGCAUUGAUAGUGCCAACCUUGAUUUUGUCGAGCCCGAUUCGCCCAUUACCCGCCGAAACCGAUUCCUCAACCAUGCUGACGACCAUCCCUCAACCACUGCCACGUUACCGGUUUCAAGACCAGAGGCUGAUAAGGGUGGCCGUCCAGCAGCUCACCGCCCUCUGCAUCCUUAUCGCCAAAAGACAGCCCCCACAAAAGCUGGCAUUCCUCGGGACGCACUACCACCACGAGAUCGACCUGUUGGAGCAAAGAAUUAUCUUCAAUCCUGUUUUGCUCUGUCGUUGUUCCAUAUUGUCUUCCGAAUUCCAGCCUUCGCCUCACGCACCUUCUUUGAUUGUCUUACUAGGUGACUUUCUUAAAGCCAUUUCGGUAACUAGACGGCUGGUGGAUCUGAAGGACAUUGUACCGAUCCUCCGAAGUGAGAACUUGAUAGAUGAAGAAUCUCAGCAUGAUCCGUGUGAACUGUUUCUCAGAAUGACAAGCAAAUUCAAUCAGAUCAUUGAACAGAACCCGAUUCGGAACACAUUCCAAUUCGGAGUAACCUGGGAAUAUGUCUUUCAGCCCUGUUCCCACGCAGUCCCUGUCAGGCAAGAGACAUCCUCACUGGAGAAGCAAAUGACCGUUCUCCAAAUCUAUCCACAUGGCUCAUCACUUAACCUCAUCCAGCUCAUCAACCUUUCAUUGUGGCGUUCAUGCAGUCCCCAACAUUGCUUUUCGGUACCAUGUAAUGGACGAAUGGCCGUCACUCGAGCACGAGCCAAGAUGUCCUUGGAAUCCAACAACCUGCCCCGCAUGUUACUCCUCAACAUUGUCUGGGAUCUCCGAAACCCCUCUGCACACCAAGUGAUCCACCCUUUUGACAUUCCCGAAACUAUCAACCCAGCGCAGGUUUCAGCCGUACCUCCUCCUAUACUCCCCAGCAAUCUUCCAAUGUACAGAUUGAAGGGAAUGCUCUGCCGAAAGGGGGACACCGUGCAGGUGACCAGUGGACACUAUGUGGCUUUGAUAAAGCAUGAUGAUGUGCUGUGGGAGAUUGACGACGAAAAAACCUCUCGUAUGUUUCUGAACCGGGACGCUUUCGGUGGUACACGAUUCCCGGUCUUGCUGUUCUAUACACUGGAAGAUGAAGUCAAGCCAUCAGCAAGUCAACCCAUUGCCAAAAAGAGACGACUGAAUAAGCCAAGUGGGAAAGCAAUGUCAAAAUCGGCUUCGAAUCCUGAAAUACCAAAAGCUGAAGGCCCAACACUGGAAGCACCAAACCCCCAACCUCCCGUUUCGGACGCCAUACCAGCUAAUUCUUCAAAUUCGGAGCUGCCAACUUCGGCCCCGCCAACGCUUGAACCUCCGAAUUCGGGAGAUCCGAAAGUUCCUCCUCCAAACCCAACGGAACAAGAACCUGCCCCAGUUGAUGUCCAGUCCACAAGCUUGGCGCCCACCAGUACCCCUACAGACCCCACCGCUUCUCAGCCCAAUGUUCUUCCCACAGUUUCUCAGGGUACCAUCCCUCCGAAGCCUACACAUAUUUCUCCACCUGGUGAUGAACCUCCCGAAAGCGGGCCUUCCUCGAGCAACAUGCUGUGCCAAACCAACACACCCCAGGGUGAAUCGGCUCCCCCCGAUCAAGCUAUCAGUCUCAAUCCCACUGUAGCUUCUCAAGACAUUACAGCAGAACCAGAUUCCCCAUCAUCAUCCAUGGACAUUGAUCCUCCAAGUGUCGUUCCCACUGUUGAACGCUCUCCCUCACCCGAGGUUCCGCAGUACUGUCAACUAGAAAAGGCUCAGUCAGUCAUUGCCGAAAGACUAGCACAAGUUCAGUGGCGUUCGGGGGAAUCCUUUCAACCUCUCAUCUCCGUCAGCACAUUUCAAGAUGUUGAUAGCCUUUCGGACGAUCUCCUUGGGGACCUGUGCGACCAGAUGGAAGCUAUGUUUCAUGACAUGGCCGAAGAUGAGCAUAAGGGCUUGAAGCUGCAGGGUGUAGACUCCACAUUCGGGUCAAAAACGUUGCGUAAGUUCUACGGAAGGAAUGAGUGGUACACCAAUUUCGGAAUCGAUGAUAUCUUGCUUUCGGUGUCAGCUUUCAUCCGAAAUUGUGUGAAUCUGGGGAUUGGAAUGUCUGACCCCAUACCAAACUCGUUUGUUUACCGAACCCUAGCUGCUGGUGACAACUGGAACCCAUACAUACCUGGAGGUACGCCAUGGCCUUCUCUGGGCAAGGACGGGCAAUGGAGGAAAGAGAACACAGUUGGGGUUCUGAUGUCGAGCUCCCAUUUUGAGACACUGGUAAUCUUUGGGCCACAGAAGCUGGUGUUGAUGUAUGAUGGGGCAGGGGGGACUUAUGAUUCGGGAGAACAGAAGAAGCAAUGGUCACGCCUGCUAGAACGCCGUUUGUCCUGGGAAGUCAGAAAAGGCAUAGCAACAGAGGCUGAAGCUAUGGGUUGGUUGAUUGCUCCAAAUUCUCAGGCUACCAGGGAUAACCUGGACUGGGUUACACAAGUGGACUCACACAGCUGUGGUCCUCUAGCAUGUGCCGCUGCAUGUCUUCUUCUCCAGGGAAUCAGACCGACUGCUUCUGUGCUUGGGGUGAAAUCAUCAACUCUGGCUAGAGGUGAGAGUAGAAAACUACGAACAAGUGUGCUUCAACUGGUGCUUGCAAUGGCUGCACGGGAUCCAGCAAAUGAGUCUAUAUUCAGUCCGAAAGUGAAAAAAUUGAUGGACAAGUCUGUACCUUCCAUGACUUACUACAUAGAUCGCCUGUAG